GAUGGCAUCACUCGUACCUCUUAGUGCCGAAUUACAAACAGUUGCCAAUGAGGAAUUGGGCGAAGUACCCUCGAGAAUAUCGGAAGAUUUGGAAGCUCUGCGACAAUGGCUACGACUACAACCUCAUUUAGAGGCACGUUAUGAUGAUCAAUUCCUAGUGCAGUUUCUUCGGGGCUGCAAAUACAGUUUGGAAAGAGCUAAAGAAAAAAUUGAUGUGUAUUUUUCGUUGAAAUCCAAAUAUCCUGAAAUGAUGAAUCUAACGAAUGUUGAUGAUCCAAAGUUUCGGGAUAUAUAUCGACUGGGAUGUUGCCUAAUGCUACCCAAACCCCUUAACGGAACUGGUGCCAGAAUUGUGGUCUUUCGUUUUGAUUAUCCCGUCAGUAAAUACAAUAUCGGUGAAAUUCUGCAAGCGACAUUAGCCAUGCAUGAAUUACUAAUCGUGAAUGAUCCCUAUGCAUGUAUUAAUGGUUUGAUCUACCUCAUGGACUAUGUCGCAAUUGUAAUUCAAUUUGGUUGA